AGAAACAGGAAAAUUUCCAUUAGCACACCGGUCUUAGAGACAAAAGAAAAAAGUAAAGGUCUGCAACAUGAAAGUCACAGGCAUCACAAUACUCUUUUGGACUCUCGCCAUGAUAUUAUUAUCAGACAAAAGCCAGUCUUCUAAAACAGAAGUUCAAUAUAAUUUCACUGAAAAGAAUUAUUCCUUGAUUCCAGCAGAUAUCAAGAAAGAUGUUACUAUACUUGAUCUCAGUUAUAACCAAAUUACUCUUAAUGUUACAGAUACACGAGUUCUACAGACAUACUUUUUACUCACUGAGCUCUAUUUGAUUGAGAACAAUGUUACUACCUUACAUAAUAGCAGUUUUUGUAACCUCUCCAAUCUAGAAAUUUUAAAUAUCUGUAGAAACUCCAUAUAUGUAAUUCAACAAGUUGCAUUUUUAGGCUUAAAUAAACUAACACAGUUAUAUCUUUGCCAUAACAAAAUAGAACAACUGAAUGCUGAUAUAUUUGUGCCUCUAAGAAACCUAAAACUACUGAAUCUGCAAGGCAAUUUGAUAAGCUAUUUGGAGGUACCACCACUAUUUCAUCUGGAAUUAAUAGCUUUAUAUGGAAACCUAUGGAACUGCUCUUGUAGUCUAUUUAAUUUACAGAACUGGUUGAACACAUCAAAUGUGACAUUAGAAAAUGAGAACAUCACCAUGUGUAGCUACCCCAACAGCCUGAAGAGCUACAAUAUCAAAACAGUACCUCAUACGGCUGAAUGCUACUCAAAAUUUUCUUCACUUAUCAAUGAAGAUCUUUAUAUUCAUUUUCAGCCCAUCAGCAAUUCAACAUUUAAUAGCUCUUUGAACAACUUAACAAGAAAUUCAGAACAUGAACCUCUUGGAAAAAGUUGGACUUUCCUUGUUGGUGUUGUUGUCACUGUACUGAUGACUUCACUCCUCAUUUUUAUUGCUAUCAAAUGCCCAAUAUGGUAUAAUAUUCUGCUUAGUUAUAAUCAUCAUCGCCUGGAAGAGCAUGAAGCAGAAACCUAUGAAGAUGGUUUUCCUGGAAAUCCAAGCCCUCUUUCCCAGAUACCAGAAACAAACUCUGAAGAAACUACAGUAAUAUUUGAGCAAUUACAUCCAUUUGUGAUAGAUGAUGAUGGAUUUAUUGAAGACAAAUAUAUAGAUAUCCAUGAAUUAUGUGAAGAAAAUUAAUUUUUUUCAAAGUUUGCUUUUUAAAACAAAGUUAUCAGCUCACUCACAGUUUAGAUAUGCGGAUUUUACUAUGUGGCAUACCAAAAUAUAGUUAGCAGACAUUCAUAUUAAUUACGAUAUACAUGAAUAUCAUAAAUUAAUGUUAUCUGCAUUGUAUUGAGCAAGCAGGUUCAAAUGCAAUAACUGACAUUCCUUGGUAGCUGACAGUUAUAGUUAGUCUACAAUACUAGCACUACUAUUCUUAACAGUAUUCAGGUGACCAUACAGACUAGUAAAAAGGCCUGAAGUAGGCGGGGCACAGUAGCUCACGCCUGUAAUCAUAGCACUUUGGGGGGCCGAGGCGGGCGGAUCACAAGG